AUCACUGUUCGAAUUACUAGUGCACCAUGAACACUAAGGUAUUUCUGUUGUUGGGUCUUGUGGCGUUCGUCUCGGCAGACAAGAGACCUUCCUUGGCCUAUGGCGCUCCUCAGGCACAGAGGUUCUCAUCUGAGGAGUUCGAGGCUCCCAAGUAUGGCUUCGACUGGGCUGUAAGGGACGGCGAGUCUGGCAACGACUUCGCCCAGCAGGAGACUCGCGACAACGAAAACACCAAGGGGUCGUUCACCGUUCAGCUCCCCGACGGUCGUCUGCAGACUGUUAAUUACUACGUAGAUGGUGACUCAGGUUUCAUUGCCGAUGUCCAGUACCAGGGAGAAGCUCGCUACCCUGACUCCAGUGAGGUUGGCAGGUACUCCCCACCAGCAGCACCCAGUUCCCGGUACGGCGCGCCUUAAGUGGAGUUGUGUAUAAUACAGUCACCCAGUUCCCGGUACGGCGCAUCUUAAGAAGCUCACAUAACUCCACCAGUCACCCAAGUUCCUUACCUAUCUCGAACUUACAUCAAGAGGAACUUGAAGUUUCACAUUUCCAGUGGAGAAUCUUCAACUUCUUGCCUGACGACUGAAUGCUAUAACUCUGAAAGCCUUUUAGCUCAUAGGUAUGAACUUUUGAUUUCCAAAGUUCGUAUGAACUUUUUUGCUAACAGCUCUCAUGCGAUUUCCCUUU